CAACUCAGAGCCAUACUUUUAACCAACGAAAUGGCGGCCGAAUUCACCUGUGGCCGUUGCCUGCAGGCUUUACGAAGAGGCAUUCUCUCUUCCAGAUCGCCUCUACGAGCACCUUAUGCUGUUAGUUCGAAACAGGUACAUGGGUCGUCCGCAGCCUUGACGCGUGGAUUGGAGUCUCGCAGGUCUUCAAGAUACUUGCUGGCGCCAAAACUAGCCUCAUUACCUACUGCAGCACCGAUAAUCCAGAAAGCGACAUCUGCGACAUCAAACGGGCCCAAUUCCCGCCCUCUCUUGAAACCGAAUAACCUAUUCCACGACUUCACCCAGUCUCCGUCGCCUGAAAUUCGUCAACGUGCGGCCUUCAUCAAACAGAACGCUUUCUGUCCUCAUCCCAGUCACCAGCAGACCCGAGUACCUGUAUCCCCGCACGAUCCAGAAUCGCGCAAAAGCCUCACGAAUGCCAGCCUCCCCCCGGCUCAUUCGCAUUUUGAGUGUCCAGAUUGUGGUAUCCCGAUCUACUGCUCUGAGGGCCACUGGAUGGAUGAUUUCGAAGCCCACUUAGAAGUUUGCGAGACUCUUAGGCAGAUCAACGAGGACGACCAUGAUCUGCGCUCUGGGCGUUUUUUCCCGGAGUUUGUAAUGCCCGGCCUGCAAGAUGAAAACUUCGUCAUAAACAUGACGAACUGGGAUACUUUUCUUUACACAAGAGAGUUUGAUGCGAUUAAUGAUGACCGGAGUAUGCGGCAGGUGACGCGGAUGCUGACAUACCCGCUCACAAUCGGAAGUGUAUUGCAUGAACUGAGCCCUUAUAGCAUCAGAAAAAAUCAGAGACUUACAACCGAGGGUCUUAAGAGUGUGAGCGCCCUUCGAUACUCCCUACAUCCGCCUAGGACCGGGGAGGGCGUCGAUAUCCAGGGCCUGCGAGUAAAAGCACCUCCUGUGCGGAUCUUUAUCCUAGGAGCGCGCGCUGAAUCAUCUCUACCUCGCGAUGUGUGGCUUCAACUCAGCCAUAUUUUCCCACGGUCUCUCAUCCAUCUCAUCUUCAUCGGCCCUGAGAGCAUGGCGAACCGCGACGAGGAGUUUCCCCUGCCCGAGCGCACGCCUGAGAACCCUUUCGGAGGAAUUGUUGAAGACAGACUAGGUGGUCAGAUGAAAAUAACAACAUAUGUGGAUUAUUUCCACACGAUGUAUAAGGCACAAUACUUUCAGCCUUUCGACCCCUACCUGGACUGCAUUGUGCUCUUCCACCCCGGUCUUGGACACCCUGCCAGCUCCCACGAGUGGGAGGAAACAUUGCCUCUGCUGCUGGAGACCAAGGUUCCAAUCAUCACCACUGGCUAUACACAGUGGGAUAUGGAGAGAGAUAUCAACUGGGUGCGUGAGAAGUGUGCCGGCGAAUUUGACAUUCUACUCGAGCCCGGUGAGAAUAUAUUCCGUAGUCUGCGGUGGGAUCUUAAUGACCUUGACCCACAUGACAUUUCUUGUGGCAACUGGGGUUUGUGGGCGUUCAGAGGGAAGAGAUAUGAGGCGACGUUUAAAGCUUAG